CAACAGUUGUCUGUUGAACAUUCACAAUAACAGAGUCGCGUUCCAUGAAAGCUAGAUUUGGAUGUGCUUCGAAAAAAGGAAAAAAUAACGUUGGAUGUGUUGAUUUGCAAUCAAUAAUAAAAACACAAAUGGAAACAAGUCAGGCAAAGUCAAGUCUAAAAGUUUGUCGGCGAGGAGAUCCUCUGACUUGCCAACGUAUUUGGGAUGUUAUUAAAGAGCUCAGAAUUGAGAGGAAGUUGGCAACCACAAAAGAAAAUGUUGUUCAGGAAUUUUGCAAUAAAUAUAAUGUAGAAGGAAAAUAUGUGAAAGAACAGCUCAAGCUUUUAGUGGAAGAUAAACUUAUCUUGCAAAAGACCAUUGCUGCUGUUAAAGGAAGUAAGAAGGGAGUCGAGCAAAACAUUUUCGUAAUUCCACUUGAUUCUGAAAUAGAUCUGACAGGGAAGAGUGACUGGUAUUGUUUUCAAUGUCACAAACCUGGUGAGGUAUUGAAUUGUGUCUCCUGCCCACGUGUGUACCACAUCAGAUGUUUGGAAAACUUAGAAACAGAGAACACUGAAGAAUUUGUGUGUCCAAUAUGCAAAGAAGUUAAACCUGACCCCAAUCUAGAAGAUGAGGAUGUCAGACGAGAUCUUAAUCAUCUUGUUUAUUAUGCAUGUGCGAGACUUGAAGAAAAGCUACCCCUGGAAAAGUAUGUUUGGAAGCAAAAAGCUCUUAACGAAAAUGCAGCGACUCCACAUACGACUGACAGAUGUGCUGCUCGACUUUCGAAAUUAACCAAGGAUCUAAUGGCUACUGGUGGUGAAGAACCAGAAACAUGGCGAGCCAAAUUUCUGCUUAGGCUGCCUUUGAGAACUGUUCCAAAUAUGAUUGAUAGGGCUGACCGACAAGUUUACAAAUCAUUAGCCGAGUUUCAUAUGGACUCGUUAACCAUCGUACACAACAUUACUAUCUUCUAUGGAGAGAACCAUAUUUUGGCUGAUGCUGCUAGGACAAUGUUGCGGACGUGUAAAUUUGAAAUUGGAGAAAUUCAUUUGUGUCGGGAUUGUUACAAAAGGUCGAAUGAGCCAGAAGGACCGGACUGGUUUUGUAUUCCCUGUAAACCACAACACGAACUCGUUGUUGCCAAGGCGAAAGGUUUUCCAUUUUGGCCUGCCAAAGUUCUCAGCGUAACAAAAGAUAACCAGUACAAUGUUCGAUUUUUUGGCCACCCACACGACCGAUUAACUUUGGAUAAAAUUCACACCAAGCCAAUUGAUGCUAUUAAAGCCCCGCCCAAAGGCAAGAGAACUACAGCUUGGUGCAAAGCCGUUGAAGAACUCAAGAAACAUCAGGCGAUGCUUGCUUCUCUUGGCAAAUCGAAUGAUAAAAGCGAUGACGACGUCGAUACUCAAGAUGAGAACGUUGAAUCGCCUCCUUUGAAGAAAAAGAAAUCAUCGCCUAGCCAACCCCAUCUCCUAAAACACUGUACAGUGUUUCUCGACCAUAUGGAUUACUCGUCUUUGAUUAAUAAAAUAGACAAAAGGUUGGAACCAAUAAUUAGUGGUUCAGAGUUGCCUUUCACGGAAGAGAGCGUAAUUUCUCAGGACGAGUCGACCGGCCAUGCAAUGUUGGAUUUGAUGAUACUUCAAGAUAAUCCCAUAUUUCCAGAAGAGAGCGAAACCGAAAACGCAGAAAAGGUUAUGAUGGACUUCAGAUCACCCUCUGCAACGUUUUCGCCAAGUGAAUCAAAUGUCGAAUUGUUAGCUGUGAGAGAAAAAAUGGCUGCCGUACAGAAGGAUAUUGACAGUAAAGAGCAAAAGAUUGAUGUACAAGAACAACUAAUUAAGAGUCAACAGAAAGAAAUUGAAGCUCUUAAAGAAAGCCUCGCUUCUGCGAUUCGAAGUCAACAGCAAGUAGUUGAAACUCUUAAAGAAAGUCAAGCUUCCGAGAUUCGUGUUCUGAUGGCCAAUCAUGCUGAAGAAAUUGCUAGAACCAAAACCAAAGUUUGGUGUUCUAAUCUAUGCGGAUCUGAAGGGAUUUAUCAUUGCUGUGUCACUGUUUCAUACUGCAAUCCUAUCUGCCAACUAGAGCAUUGGAGAAAGGUUCAUAAGAGAAACUGCAAAAGGGAGAGAGUAGUAGGCGUGGAACAGUCGAAUAAUGCUGAAGUUAACCAUUCCUAAUUAAGCUGUAUUACAAGCCUUGACAUGAAUACACGUUACAAACACAGCAUCA